AUGGGUCUGAAGAUGCUUGAGUCCCGACUUUGUCUCCUGCUGCUGCUGGGACUUGUCCUACUGCUUGCCUCAUGCCAGCCACCAACCCCUUCCCAGUGGUUUGCAAUUCAGCACAUCUAUAAUAGUGCCUACCCCCAAUGUAAUCCUGCAAUGCUGAUGGUUAACAGUUAUAAAAAAAGAUGUAAAAACAUCAAUACUUUUCUUAAUACAACUUUUGCUGAUGUGGUUCAUGUGUGUGGCAAUCCAAAUGGCACCUGCAAAAACCAGAGAGCUACAAAUUGUCAUAAUAGUACAUCUCAAGUACCUAUAAUGUUCUGUAACCUCACAUUUCCAUCAAGGAAUUAUACCCUAUGCAGAUACCAAACCACAAGAGCAGUGAAGUUCUACACAGUUGCCUGUGACAACAGAACUGCACAGGACAGUCCCAUCUAUCCAGUGGUUCCGGUUCACUUGGAUGGCACAUUUUAGCUCCAGUGCCAGCACUUGGUACCUUCACUCAUCUGCUACUGCCA